AUGGCAUGUCUACUGCGAUGGACGAGAAAUAAGUUACAGCCUAACCCAACUCCCCGAAGGCCCUUUGCAAGUCAGCCAAAGGCUCUCAGCCCAGGUCGACCUGUCGAAGAGGAAACUCUCCCAGAUUACAAUCCGGAGGAGUUUUACCCUGUUCAUAUAGGCGAUAUAUUCAAUGGCAGGUACCAGGUGCUAGGUAAACUUGGAUUUGGAGCAAACUCAACUGUUUGGCUUUGUCGCAACACUGAAAAUCGCGACUAUGUUGCUCUCAAAGUAUACAUAAAAACGCCCACACAGAGGAUGAAUCGGGAGAUUGUGGCUUAUAGUUAUUUGAGAUCUUCACGCUCGUCGCAUGCCGGACGCGCACACGUACGAGAGCUUCUUGAUUCGUUCGAACUUGUAAGGCCGAAUGGAAUCCGCCACCACUGCCUUGUUCAUCCGCCACUUCAAAUAACGCUCUGGGGUCUACAAAGACUCGGAGGAAAGCCUACAGCUCUACCACAGGAUAUGGUCAGAAGUGCCUCCCGUUAUUUGCUGCAGGCAUUGGAUUACCUCCACACAGAAGUCAAUAUCACACACUGCGAUAUCAAACUUAGUAACCUCAUGUUGACCAUCGAGGAUGCGAGCGUCCUCACAGACUUUGAGGAAGCUGAGCAAAAAAGUCCCUGUCCGCGCAAGGUAGUCAAUGAUGAACGAACAAUCUACACAUCUCGAGACUUUCGGCGUCCCAGAAACCACGCUUGGGGGUGCCCUGUUCUCUGUGAUUUUGGGGAGGCUCGGGUCGGAGGUUCUUACCAGUACGAAGAGAUACAACCAGAGGUCUACAAGGCCCCUGAGAUCAUCAUGCAGACGGACUGGUCGCAUAGUGUUGACAUAUGGAAUACAGCGUGUGUGAUCUGGGACAUGAUAGAGAAUAAACAUCUUUUUGACGCUCAAGAUGAUGAAGGCUUCCACAAUAACAGAUACCAUAUUGCAGAGAUGGUUGCGUAUUUGAGCAUCCCACCAAAGACGUUCCAACAACGCAGCCCAAACACACCUUUAGUAUUUGAUGAAGCAGGAAAUUGGAAAGGCAAUCCUCCGCUUCCCCCGCUCUCGCUUGAAGACUCUGAGAAACAUCUUAAGGGUGUGGAUAAGAUUGCAUUUUUGAGCUUCAUGCGCUCAAUGCUGACUUGGCUGCCAGAGGAGAGAAGAAGUGCUAAAGAGCUGCUGAUCGACCCUUGGUUGAAUAGGCAGAUGUGA